GGGGAGACCAGAGUGUCAAGAGAGGCUAGACAAGUUCUCAUUCACAAAGAUAUCCGCUCCUGAGCUGUAGAGUUCGCACCCGAGGGCGCAGUCGGGCACCACGAGCUUGUAGAUGGAAAUAUUAACAAGCAGAACUUGCCUGAGCAACGCCAGUGAGGGCACGGCAGGGACCGCACGGCCCCUUUAAGGGUUCCCAGGCCGGGCUGGAGAGGGAGGAGACCAGGAUUUGCAGGGACCGUGGGGGAAACCCAUAAGCAAUUGAGCCGAGAGGAGGCAGCGUGAGUGCAGAAACUUCAGAUUCUGCUGCUCCGGGCGGAGCUCGGGCGAGCCACACGCAGCAUCCUCCUCCUCCUCCAGCUCGCGUUUCUCCAGCCCACCGGGGACGCCAGGGAACUGCCCCUCCGCAGCUUCCACGAGCGCCGGGUGUGAGCAGCGGCUCCGGGAAGUUUGGGCUGCAGCGUGGGUUGGGGGUGCUUUGCGCGCGCGCCCCAGAGGAAGCAGGACCCUAAGCUAUGAUGGGCGCUGCGCGGGGCUGGGGGCUCUCGGAAGGCGUGCGUGCACUCGCGGUCCCGUUGCGGUCCCCAGUGCUCCCGGCAUCCCGCAAGUGAUGGGAACAAGGACCCGCCCAGGCACUCACUGUUGCCGCACUGCCCCUUGCUCGCCUCCGGCUCCUGGAGUCACCCCGACGCACCCCCAACAACCCCAAGACUGUCUUCCCAACCUGCCUCCUCUACCUUGCCUGCCAUCAACCGCCUGAGCGGGUGGCCAGCUGCGGUCCGGGUUCUCCCAUAGACUGGGAAGCACUUUUCGGGGGGGUUCCUUCAUCGGUUGUCAUACCCCAACUUUGCAGACGCUGCGCCUGCCCUCCCAGUAGCGUCCGCGCACAGGUCGGGAGGGCGCCCGCCGGGAAGCUCAGCGGGACUGUGGAGGCAGGAAACCACACCACUGCUCCUCUGCUUGGCUCUUUGUUGUUCGCUUUGGAUGAUCCUAGGAAGUGGCUGAGCCUCCUCGAAACCCGGGGGUCGGAGAAGACAAACCUUGGAAUUGUUCCUUUGCAAAGAGCUCUGAGAGAUUGACAAGCCUCUGAAAAGGUCGACGCGAAAUUGCACUGAAAACUCCUGGCGGAUUGACUCCCGUUGCUUAUAUUAAGCCUUUGUGUGUUAGGGUAUAUGGUGUGUGGCUUCUGUAAAUUUGGAGAUCCCCAUUUCUGCUCCCUUCAUUUGGCAUGAGACUGUAUGCAGGACCCACCCGAGGACAAUGAUCGCGGAGCCUGCUCACUUUUACCUCUUUGGAUUAAUAUGUUUCUGUUCAGGCUCCCGUCUUCGUCAGGAAGAUUUUCCACCACGCAUUGUUGAGCAUCCUUCGGACCUAAUUGUCUCAAAAGGCGAACCUGCAACCUUGAACUGUAAAGCUGAAGGCCGCCCCACACCUACUAUUGAAUGGUACAAAGGUGGGGAACGAGUGGAGACGGACAAAGAUGAUCCCCGCUCACACAGAAUGCUGCUGCCAAGUGGAUCUUUAUUUUUCUUACGCAUAGUACAUGGACGGAAGAGUAGACCGGAUGAAGGAGUCUAUGUCUGUGUAGCAAGGAAUUACCUUGGGGAAGCUGUGAGCCACAAUGCAUCGCUGGAGGUAGCUAUACUACGGGAUGACUUCAGACAAAACCCCUCAGAUGUUAUGGUGGCAGUAGGAGAGCCUGCGGUCAUGGAAUGUCAGCCUCCUAGGGGCCAUCCAGAGCCCACCAUCUCCUGGAAGAAAGAUGGCUCACCACUGGAUGAUAAGGAUGAAAGAAUCACUAUACGGGGGGGAAAGCUCAUGAUUACUUAUACCCGUAAAAGCGAUGCUGGCAAGUAUGUUUGUGUUGGUACCAACAUGGUCGGGGAACGUGAGAGCGAAGUUGCAGAGCUGACUGUUUUAGAGAGACCAUCAUUUGUGAAGAGACCCAGUAACUUGGCAGUAACUGUGGAUGAUAGUGCAGAAUUUAAAUGUGAGGCCCGAGGAGACCCUGUGCCUACAGUCCGAUGGAGGAAAGAUGAUGGAGAACUGCCCAAAUCCAGAUACGAAAUUCGAGACGAUCAUACUUUGAAAAUUCGGAAGGUGAUGGCUGGUGACAUGGGCUCAUACACUUGUGUCGCAGAAAAUAUGGUGGGGAAAACUGAAGCAUCAGCCACUCUGACUGUGCAAGAGCCUCCACAUUUUGUUGUGAAACCCCGAGACCAGGUUGUUGCCUUGGGACGAACUGUGACUUUUCAGUGUGAAGCAACUGGAAAUCCUCAACCAGCUAUUUUUUGGAGAAGAGAGGGGAGUCAGAAUCUGCUUUUCUCAUACCAACCACCACAGUCAUCCAGCCGGUUUUCAGUGUCCCAGACUGGAGACCUCACAAUUACUAAUGUCCAGCGGUCUGAUGUUGGCUACUAUAUCUGUCAGACUUUAAAUGUUGCUGGAAGUAUCAUCACAAAAGCAUACUUGGAAGUUACUGAUGUGAUUGCAGACCGGCCUCCCCCAGUCAUUCGACAAGGUCCUGUGAAUCAGACUGUAGCAGUGGAUGGUACUUUAGUCCUCAGCUGUGUGGCCACAGGCAGUCCAGUGCCCACAAUUCUGUGGAGAAAAGAUGGAGUCCUUGUUUCAACCCAAGAUUCUCGAAUCAAACAGCUGGAGACUGGCAUGCUGCAGAUCAGAUACGCUAAGCUGGGUGACACUGGUCGCUACACCUGCACUGCAUCUACCCCCAGUGGUGAGGCGACAUGGAGUGCAUACAUUGAAGUCCAAGAAUUUGGAGUUCCAGUUCAACCGCCAAGACCCACGGACCCCAAUUUAAUCCCCAGUGCCCCCUCAAAGCCUGAAGUUACAGAUGUCAGCAAAAACACAAUAACUUUAUCGUGGCAGCCAAACUUGAACUCAGGAGCAACACCCACGUCUUAUAUUAUAGAAGCCUUCAGCCAUGCAUCUGGUAGCAGCUGGCAGACUGUGGCCGAGAAUGUGAAAACAGAAACAUUUGCCAUUAAAGGUCUCAAACCUAACGCAAUUUACCUUUUCCUGGUGAGGGCAGCUAAUGCCUACGGAAUUAGUGAUCCAAGCCAAAUAUCAGAUCCAGUGAAAACUCAAGAUGUCCCACCAACCAGUCAGGGGGUAGAUCAUAAGCAGGUCCAGAGAGAACUGGGGAAUGUCGUCUUGCACCUCCACAACCCCACCAUCCUUUCUUCCUCUUCAAUCGAAGUGCACUGGACGGUGGACCAACAGUCUCAAUAUAUUCAAGGAUAUAAAAUUCUCUACCGGCCAUCUGGUGUCAGCCAUGGUGAAUCAGAGUGGUUAGUUUUUGAAGUGAGGACCCCAGCCAAAAAUAGUGUGGUGAUCCCCGAUCUCAGAAAAGGAGUCAACUAUGAAAUUAAGGCUCGCCCAUUUUUUAAUGAAUUUCAAGGAGCAGAUAGUGAAAUCAAGUUUGCCAAAACCUUAGAAGAAGCACCAAGUGCCCCUCCCCAAAGUGUAACUGUGUCAAAGAAUGAUGGAAACGGGACUGCAAUUCUCGUAACUUGGCAGCCACCUCCUGAAGAUACUCAAAAUGGAAUGGUCCAAGAAUAUAAGGUUUGGUGUCUGGGCAAUGAAACCAGGUAUCAUAUAAAUAAGACAGUAGAUGGUUCUACCUUUUCUGUGGUCAUCCCCUCGUUGGUUCCUGGGAUCCGAUACAGUGUGGAGGUGGCAGCCAGCACUGGGGCAGGUCCUGGGGUGAAGAGUGAGCCUCAGUUCAUCCAGUUAGAUUCUCACGGAAACCCAGUGUCACCUGAGGACCAGGUGAGCCUUGCUCAGCAGAUCUCGGACGUAGUGAAGCAGCCCGCGUUCAUUGCAGGCAUAGGGGCAGCCUGCUGGAUCAUCCUCAUGGUCUUCAGCAUCUGGCUCUAUCGACACCGCAAGAAGAGGAAUGGUCUCACCAGCACCUAUGCGGGCAUCAGGAAAGUCCCGUCCUUUACCUUCACACCAACAGUAACUUACCAGAGAGGAGGCGAAGCUGUUAGCAGUGGAGGGAGGCCAGGACUUCUCAACAUUAGUGAACCUGCCACACAGCCUUGGCUGGCAGACACGUGGCCUAAUACUGGCAAUAAUCAUAACGACUGCUCCAUCAACUGCUGCACCGCUGGUAAUGGAAACAGUGACAGCAACCUGACAACCUACAGUCGCCCAGCCGAUUGUAUAGCAAAUUAUAACAACCAACUGGAUAACAAACAAACAAAUCUGAUGCUCCCUGAGUCAACUGUUUAUGGUGAUGUGGACCUUAGUAACAAAAUCAAUGAGAUGAAAACCUUCAAUAGCCCAAAUCUGAAGGACGGGCGUUUUGUCAAUCCAUCAGGGCAGCCCACUCCCUAUGCCACUACGCAGCUCAUCCAGGCAAACCUCAGCAACAACAUGAACAAUGGCAGCGGAGGGGACUCCACCGAAAAGCACUGGAAGCCUGCGGGUCAGCAGAAACAGGAAGUGCCACCCAUUCAGUAUAACAUCAUGGAGCAAAACAAACUCAAUAAAGAUUAUCGGGCAAAUGACACAAAUCCUCCAACUAUCCCAUACAACCAAUCCUACGACCAGAAUACAGGAGGCUCUUACAACAGUUCAGAUCGGGGCAGUAGUACAUCCGGGAGUCAAGGGCACAAGAAAGGGGCACGAACACCGAAGGCCCCCAAGCAGGGUGGCAUGAACUGGGCAGACUUGCUUCCUCCUCCUCCAGCACAUCCUCCCCCCCAUAGCAACAGUGAAGAGUACAACAUGAACAUUGAUGAAAGCUAUGAUCAAGAAAUGCCAUGUCCUGUGCCUCCUACAAGGAUGUAUUUGCAGCAGGAUGAAUUAGAAGAAGAGGAAGAUGAAAGAGGCCCCACUCCCCCUGUACGGGGGGCAGCCUCUUCUCCAGCUGCGGUGUCCUACAGCCAUCAGUCCACAGCCACUCUGACCCCUUCCCCCCAGGAGGAGCUCCAGCCCAUGUUACAGGAUUGUCCAGAGGACAUCAGCCACAUGCCCCACCAACCAGACAGGCGACGGCAGCCUGUGAGUCCUCCUCCUCCACCACGGCCAAUUUCCCCACCUCAUACCUAUGGCUACAUUUCAGGACCCCUCGUCUCAGAUAUGGAUACAGAUGCACCAGAAGAAGAGGAAGAUGAAGCUGACAUGGAAGUGGCCAAAAUGCAAACUAGAAGGCUUUUAUUACGUGGCCUCGAGCAGACCCCAGCAUCCAGUGUUGGGGACCUGGAGAGCUCUGUCACCGGGUCCAUGAUCAACGGCUGGGGCUCAGCCUCAGAAGAGGACAACAUUUCCAGCGGGCGCUCCAGUGUUAGUUCUUCUGAUGGCUCCUUCUUCACAGAUGCUGAUUUUGCCCAGGCCGUUGCAGCCGCUGCGGAGUAUGCUGGUCUGAAAGUAGCUCGACGCCAAAUGCAGGAUGCUGCUGGCCGUCGACAUUUCCACACCUCUCAGUGCCCUAGGCCCACGAGUCCUGUGUCUACAGACAGCAACAUGAGUGCUGCUGUAAUCCAGAAAGCCAGACCAGCCAAGAAACAAAAACACCAGCCAGGACAUCUGCGCAGAGAAGCCUAUGCAGACGAUCUUCCACCUCCUCCAGUGCCACCACCUGCUAUAAAAUCACCCACUGUCCAGUCCAAGGCACAGCUGGAGGUACGACCUGUAAUGGUGCCAAAACUCGCUUCUAUGGAAGCAAGAACAGACAGAUCAUCAGAUAGAAAAGGAAGCAGUUACAAGGGGAGAGAAGUGCUGGAUGGAAGACAAGUUGCUGACCUGAGAACAAAUCCAGGUGACCCCAGAGAAGCACAGGAACAGCCAAAUGAUGGGAAAGGACGUGGAAACAAGGCAGCUAAACGAGACCUUCCACCAGCAAAGACACAUCUCAUCCAAGAGGAUAUUCUACCUUACUGUAGACCUACUUUUCCAACAUCAAACAACGCCAGAGAGCCUAGUUCCUCAAGCUCAAUGUCAUCAAGAGGAUCAGGAAGCAGACAAAGAGAGCAAGCUAAUGUAGGUCGGAGAAACAUGGCAGAAAUGCAAGUACUUGGAGGAUACGAGAGAGGAGACGAUAAUAAUGAAGAGUUAGAGGAAACUGAAAGCUGAAGACAACCAGAGAGGCUCAUGAGAUCAAUGUGAAAAUCAUCGCUCAAGAUGCCUCCCAUCUGAUGACACACUACACCAUAUAAAAUGUUCAGUGCAAUCAGAAUGUACAAAUUGUCGUUUUUAUUCCUCUUAUUGGGAUACCAGUUUUUAAAACUUUCUUGGGUUUUUAUUGUUGCUGUUUGAUCCCCUAACCCUUGAGGAACCUCCCUCUUGCCCCCUCGCUGUUGCAACUGAUACACUUAACUUCCAACAAGGGAAGUAAGUGUCUUGACUGCUUGCUCCAGUCGUCAGCAGCAAGAAAGAACUUACCAGUUCUUCUGCAUUUUGCCCCUAAGAUAUGACACUGCACUGCUUAUAUAUCAAGCUAAUUUAUAGCAAAAUAUUGAUCAAAGAUACAAAGUUGAUGAAUCAACCUCAUGCCAAGGGCUCUCUAAGUAUAAUCCUUCUAUAACCAACUGCUAAUGCAACUUUAGCAUACUUCAUUUUAACAUGAUUUGAAAAUCAGUCUUUCAUACCACCUUUUGCUGGAAGAAACUAAAAUAUAACAAAUGCAGAACAACAGAUAGUUUGAAUGGGGUAGCAGCAUUGUAAAUAUAUCACUUUGCAACUCCUGGUGGUACUUUAUUUUGUCUUCAUUUCAAUAAUGGAAGUAUAUUCUUACUGGAAAUGUACUUUUGGAUAAGUAGGGCUAAGCCAGUUGGACCACUGGUUGUCUAGUCAUUCUCAUAAAUAAACCCAGCAAAAACCUAGUUCUAUUUUUCAAUCAAAAAGCAACUACAAAUGCAUAUUACAAAAAAAGUGGAUGUUUUGAAUGACCAGUUGAGUGAGGAUAUCCUAUCUUAACUGGCCUCAGUUUCUUCUGGUACUAUCAGUUCAACUUUCGGAAGUGCCACUUAAGGAAGUUUGAUUUUUGUUUUUGUAAUGCACUGUUUUAAUCUUUUUUUUUUUUUUUUGGUUUUAAAAGCACAAUCACUAAACUUUAUUUGUAAACCAUUGUAACUAUUAACCUUUUUGUCUUAUUGAAGAAGAUGUUGAGAAGUGUUUUUAACCUGUUUUGUUAAUGCUCUAUGUUUGUAUUUGGAAUAUUUGAAUGAUGACAGGUAGUGAAGUCAUGUGCAGACUUUAUUGUGGGCCAUGAACCAAAUGGUUCAGACUUUUCCUGGACUUAAAGAAAAGGAAGUUUUAAGUUUGUUCUGGCCAAUGUUGAAACUUACAAAAUUUCCAUAUAAGCUCAAACAGAGGCAUUACCUGCUUGAAAUUGCCAAAUGAUGCUCUCUGACUGUAGAUUUUUAUGAUCUUUUUCUCUUUUAUUUUUUGCCAUUAUAUAAAUUUCAUUGAUUUUAUAAUUGGUGCUAUUUGAAGAAAACAAAAUGAAGAUUUAUUCAUUCACAGGUAUCAGGCCUGACCCCACUGGAAAACAAAGCCAAACAAAACUGAACCACAGUGAACAGGCUGGUGUUCACCAAAAACUAAAUGCAUUCAUUUAGAUAAUUGAAAAAGUCCCAUAGAAAGGUACUAAGGGAAAAAUCCAUGUGAUUAAUGUUUUCAUUAUGUUCAUGUAAGAAGCCUCUUAUUUUUAGCCAUAAUUUUGCAUAUUGAAAAUUCAAUAAUCAAAAAAGUAAUUUUGUCACAUUAUUUAUUAAAAAUGUUCUCAAAUACAU